UGACACGCCCACUCAUCCGCACUCGUCCGCCGAGACCCCCCACUUGGAGAAAGUUACGACACUCUUUGAACUAGCCAACACACGGUCACGUGGUUCAUGGAGCUUCCAAUAGUUCCAAACAGAGCAGCGCCGUCAGUCUGUCGACAGAACGCUUAAAACUACUAUUUUUUAAUAAUUUCUCUAUAGGCCUCGGGAUUCACCACCUAGAAGUCCACUUUCACUGGAGCCGGAGAGCUUCAGAGCUGCAGACAUGUUCCUGUAUCUUCUGGGUCUGUUGGUUCUGUUCUACCUGUUCCGUUGGGUCAGAGAGCAGCCCAGGGUCUCUGACAAGGCCAACAAGUACGUGUACAUCACGGGCUGCGACUCUGGCUUCGGGAACCUUCUGGCCCGCCACCUGGACAAGCUGGGGUUCCGAGUCAUCGCGGGGUGCUACACGGAGAAGGGCGAGGAGGAGCUGAGGAAGGGCUGCUCCGGAAACCUCAUCACCUCCCACUUGGAUGUGUCCUCCAAGGAGAGUGUGGCCAAAAUGGCCGCCUUGAUCCGGGAGAAAGUGGGUGAGCAGGGUCUCUGGGCCGUGGUGAACAAUGCCGGCGUGUCGGUUCCCUCUGGUCCGGUCGACUGGCUCAACAUUGACGACUACAAAGUCAUGCUGGAAGUGAACCUGACCGGGGUAAUCGCGGUCACCCUGAGCGUCCUGCCACUCAUAAAGAUGGCCCAGGGCCGGGUGGUGAAUGUGGCCAGCGUGUUCGGGAGAAUCAGCCCCGUCGGGGGCCCGUACUGCGUGUCAAAGUACGGCGUGGAGGCGUUUAACGACAGCCUCAGGCUGAACAUGGCUGCGUUUGGGGUCAAAGUGCUCUGCAUCGAGCCGGGCUUCUUCAAAACCAACGUGACCGACACCGGGAUCCAGAUCAAAAACCUCCACGCUCUGUGGGACCGGCUGCCGCAGGACCUCAAAGACGAAUAUGGAAGCGAUUACAUCCCAAACGCUGUAAAAACGAUCAAAGAGAAGGUGGAGAAACUCAGCGACGCGGACCUGAUGAAGGUGGUCAGCUGCAUGGAGCACGCCGUGUCCGCCGUCUGGCCCCGCAAGCGCUACUCGCCCGGCUGGGACGCCAAGUUCUUCUGGCUGCCGCUGUCCUACAUGCCGAGCUGCGUCGCCGACUACCUCCUGCUGAAGGAGGCCAUCCCCAUCGCCAAGAAGGUCCACUAACUUCCUGGUCCUGAGCCCGGACUUCCCCGAGGCCUGGUGUUAAACUUGGGAUGAAAUGGAACGAAAUGACGAGUCUGCUUUAGAUCUGAUCGCCACACAAACCUGCAGCAAGAUCGUUUGACUUCCUGUUACAGAAAAUGACCAUAAAAUAUUUAAAAGCUGUUUUCUGUACGAUGACAACGUCCCGUAACACAACGUUCCUCUCUAGAUUUGUUUAAAUAAAUCAGAUCCUGUACAAAAUG